CUUAGCUUCUUCUUCCUGCUUCCUCUCUCUCUCUUCUCUCCUCCUCCUCCCACUGAGAUCCCUCUCCCCUCCCCGCCAUCGCCAUGGCUCCCCCACCGCCGCCGCCGCCGCCGUCGGAGGAAGAGACGAGACACUAGAAAAGACGGUUCUUGACCGAGUUUGCGGCCGAUCCGGGCUUGGAUUUGCCACGGGAAAGGAAGGAGUUUCGGGGGCUGAUAGAGUGAAAGGCGACGAGGGAGAAGAUGGCCUCGGAAAUGGUUAAGGCGGCGACGAGUGAGAAGCUCAAGGAGAUGGAUUGGGCCAAGAACAUCGAAAUCUGCGAGCUCGUCGCUCAGGAUCCUGGGAAAGCGAAGGAUGUGAUCAAGCCGAUAAAGAAGUAUUUAGGUAGCAGGAGCAAGAACACUCAACUUUAUGCUGUUAUGCUGUUAGAAAUGCUCAUGAAUAACUGCGGAGAACCUAUCCACAAGCAGGUCAUUGAUAACGGUCUUCUCCCGAUACUUGUGAAGAUUGUGAAGAAAAAGACAGAAUUACCAGUUCGUGAAAAAAUAUUUCUUUUGCUGGAUGCGACCCAAACAUCCCUUGGUGGAGUUAAAGGGAAAUUCCCUCAGUACUAUGGGGCAUAUUAUGAGUUGGUGUCUGCUGGCGUUCAGUUUUCGAAUCGCCCAAAUGUUGUUGUUACACAAGCACAAGCUCCAGUCCCGGUCCCAGAACCAACAAUCGAACCAAAUAAUAACAGUUUAUCUAGGAGAUUGGACGAAGGACAGAAGGAAGUGCAUGCGCAGCCUGUUUCCGAGUCAAGUAUAAUUCGGAAAGCUUCUAGUGUCAUGGAAGUUCUAAAGGACGUGCUUGAUUCGAUGGAUCCUAGACACCCUGAGGGAGCAACUGAUGAGUUUGUGUUGGAUCUUGUGGAGCAAUGCACAUUUCAAAAACAGCGAAUAAUGCAUCUAGUUAUGACAUCAAGGGAUGAAGUGGUGGUAUCACAAGCAAUAGAACUGAACGAAGAGCUUCACAAGGUCCUUGUACGGCAUGAUGCGUUGCUUUCAGUUCAGCCAACUACAACAGUAGCUUCUACUCUCAAGGAGGAAGAGGAAGAAGAUGCCGAAAGCCUUUACCGGAGGCUUCGAAAGGGAAAAGCAUUAUCGGAAGAUUAUACAGAUGACUCCAUACCAUCAUUUCGAUCUAUACCUGAAGACAAGAUGCGCCGCCCACUCACCAUUGAGCCAUCCAACACUGAUAAGAAACUGGGGGCACUGAAUAUUCGCUCGCCAUAUCCUGAAGCGAGGCCUGACGUGCUGAUUCCACCACCGCCUGCCAAGCACGCCGAGAGGGAGAGGUUCUUUCGGGAGAAGAGCAUGGAUGCCAACUUGCUGGGCCAUCUUAGGGGCUUAUCAUUGCACAGCCGGGACGGCAGUAGCUCGUGUAGCGGCAGCACAGAUUAUGGAGACUGAGGUGUAGGUAUAUGCGGUACAUAAAGGAUUAUUUUUUGUUCUUCAGGAUGAUAUUCUGCUUGCCCGGCAAUUGAUGUUGAGAGAGGCAGCCUCAGCCUCAUCGUCGUCAUCUUCUCGCUGACCAUUGUACACUUGGUUUUCUAAUUCUUUUAUAAUUCUUCCCCCUUCCGCUUACCUGACAUUAUCGGAAAGUUGAACAAUGCUGUGUUGUGAGCUUUCAGUUCUAUAGAGAUGCUUGUGUGGCAAGCUGUGUGAGUGACCAUCUGCAUUGGUUUUACUCUACUUUCA